GAAAAGACCGACACCCUCUGCCUUCUAAGCUGAGCUGAAGGGACAGAGCCAUGGAGCCACUGAAGACGGCUGCGUUUGUGCUGUUUGUGCUCCUGGAUCCUGUGUCCUGCCAAGAGGUUUUCUUCACAGAUCCGGUCAUCUGCUACUUCCUGGAUGCGUUCCUGAUGCUUUACUGCAUCGCCGCCACGGCUCUGUUCUUCAGAGAAAAGUUCUCAAAAAUGCCACGAGUCGAUUUGAUUCCAGAGCCAAAAGGGGACAUUUAUCAGGAGCUGGAGAGGCCGAAGGACACAGAUCCYUACCAGGCUCUUGAAACGAGGAGAGUCAAGAAAAAAGACGGCAAGAAAAAAAAAGCAAAGAUCGCUGUUUGAAUGAACUCCGGAGAAAUACAGCUGAAUUCUGAUCAUAGUUGUCUGUUGCUCUUGGUUAUGCUGCAGAUGGAACUGAUAAGUGUAAAUUUACAGAGAAACUUUCUGAUACUAACAUAACGUGAUGUAAAAUAACAAACAUGAGGCCUGGGCCACUGAAAAUUUCUUUUUAAUUUCUUGAUUUAAAAUAAGUCCAGACUUUUUUUAAGGUUCUGGAAAUACAGUUUUGACUUCUCACAACCUAACUGUUGAAGAUAGUUCGGUUUGGAAAAGAAGAAAAAAAAGUUCAUUCUAGCUUGACUGAUGAGCUAAUGGCUAGUCUGAGCGAGGCCAAGACCAAAGUGGUCCUCAAAGUCCAAUUCAAAAACGCAGGUGUAACACUUUUUAAAACUCAAUUUUUUACAUCGCUGUUGAUUUUAAAUAUACACCUUUAAUCCAGCAAAAAUAUUAUAUUCUGCAGGAAGUGACCUCAGACGGCCUCAGAGGUGCUACAGCUAACUGCUGCUGCUAAAUGCAUUUGCAAGUAGCUUCUAUGUAAACUUUCAAGUAAUGUGAAACAGCAGCUAAAUGAACGAUAAAGUUUGGAAUCGUUUUAAAACCAAAAUCUUCUCUGAAUUCUCCUCUAAAAGUUCGGAGGAAAUCCAUUUAAAGAACUUGUCUGAUUUUUAAAACUGAUAAAAGCUCUGAAGUUUCUAGUACAGGUAAGAUAUUGAUUACUGAUAUUUCCACAGACGACUGUGUACUGAAAAGAAUAACAAUCAUAUAAAAUACAAGGAAAAACUAAUUUUAUUUUUGUCAGAAAGGGUAAGGCAGUUCAGUAAACUUUAAUAUUAAAUAAAAAACUAACUUUAAAAGACUGUAAAGCAUUAUAUUUAAAUAAUACGUUUUAUGUAAUCAUGUAAUUAUGCAUUAAUAUAUGAAGCUUUUGUAAUUUUCCUAAUAUAAGUUCUUAUUAAAUCAGACUGUAAAUAUCACCGUGUUUUAGCUGUGUAAGAAUYCACGAAAUGUUGAACUCUUCUGUUUAAAGAGUUUUAUCUAAUCUGGAUUAAUUCAGUCACUUUCUUCCAAUGAUCUAACGAAACAAAUAAAGUGACUUUUGUCUUUUUCCUGUUUCAACAACAGACACAAAACCAGCAGAGAGACAUGGAUCCAUAUGAAUGUCUUCCCAGCACCGCUCCAGCUU